AUGGGGGACCUCACGGAUCUUCAAAUGCAUGCGAGGAAUGUCCGCGGGACGGCUGCAAGGUUCAUCCAGAAGCUUCUUGCAAAGAAUCCUUACUACAUGGUGGAGUUCAAGCCGGCCCUGGGUUGGGUUUUCCGAGAGUACCUGAAGGAUUAUACGCACUGGGCGUACGGCGAUCUUGAUGUGUUUUUCGGGGACCUGACAAAAGGCUGGUUGGAGCCCAGUGAGAUGCGAGACUACGACAUCAUCACGUACAGCUUCGGGGACCAGCAGCGCGCAUACUUGAGAGGCCAGCUGACGGUGCACAAGAGCAUCCACAAGGUCAACCACAUUUGGCGGGGUUGUCCCCAUUUGUCCAACUACUACAGGCGGAUCGAGAGGACAAUGGAGACGAAGCAGUACAACCUCGAGAGCGCGGAAGGCUGCUACAGCAUGGCCCUCAUGUACUCCAAAGACGUCAAGGCCAAAUAUGCCGUCAAGGUUUUCACCGAUAUGCCAGGCGGUAAACAAGAUGAUCAAGAGGAGGUUGUCAUCACAGGGGAUGGACUUGUGAAGCGCUGCCCGCAACAGCAGGGGAGGAGAGGCGACGUGGUUGAGCCAGAUUUCGGUGGAAAGAUGCAGGUGGAUAAGGGCGAGUACUUUCCGGUGGAGACGGAGGAGCAGGGCUACUUUUGCGAGUACUGGAUAAGCCCCAACUUCCAGACGUGCCUGAAGCUGAAAGAGUCUCUGACCAAGACGAACGUCUUCCUGUUGGAGGGGCGGUACUACGAGCGAGGUGGGGGAGUCUUGCAUCUCUAGAGUCCGGUCAAGUUCGCAAGCACCGUUAGAGCAUCAUGGGAGAACUGCCAUUUUUGCCGCAGUCCACGACGAUGUGCCUGUGUCAGUGGCGUGUGUUUCGGUGUCUACGGCAAAGUGUGUGACAGAGGCUACUGGCAUAUCACUCGUGCAGCAUACCCGGUAAACCGGGGGGUGGGGUUGCGAGUGCUGCGAAGCUAGAGUUUAAUGUCUUCUAGCUCUACCAAGCUUUUUAAGUCGCCCAAAUUCCAUGUGCCGGCCUGGCUGUUUGGAACCUCUUAUUAAUGACCGGCAACCUCCAACCCCCAACCUCGCCGUUCUUGCUCCUUGACCACGGAAAGAACUGCUUCAUCCACUCAUCUGCAAGCUGGUGCUGUGCUGUGUUGAGAGGCAAUGCUUCAUCCACUCAUGUGCAAGCGGGUGCUGUGCUGUGUUGAGAGGCAAUGGAAAGGGAAUACCAACCACAACCGCGUAUGCGUGCAAGAAGUGAACGUGUUGUUGUCGGCGCCGCUUGUACCACUGCCGUCGUAUUAUUUCCUGGGCAGAUUUCGUCAAUUUGUGGCAGGACAAGGUGGAGGACGGCUGCAGCAUGGGUGCUUUCCACCACUUUCAGGAGCUCAAGGGAAACUACAGGGCAUGGAACACCAGACCACCGAUGUCGCCUGUACAUAGGGGGAUGGUGGCGGGGAACGGUGGACUGGUUCCGCUGCCGAACGGAGAUUGGCAUGCCAUAACUUUGGACCCCAACGCUCCUCCUCCGGCGGACCGAGAACGGUUUACAUACCGGUACUGCUUGCAGUGGAGCGUUGAGAAUGAGAGAACGAAGGAGGCGAAGUUUAAAUGCGACAUCGGCCUAACCCCUAGAGACGGGUUGAGAACUCUGCACGACUCUAGGCGGCGAGAGGGGUUGACCGGUGGGGCUGCGGUUACCCUGGGGGGGGUGGGGGGGGUCAGUGAUGUCCCACGGCUUCUACGAAGCUGUCGCGAUUGGGAAGGUCCAAAGAUUAUUGUAUUGAUGUUAAACAACCCACAGCGGGAAAGGGGCAAUGUUCUAGAUUUGAUUCGCGCGGAGGAAAAGGUUGGGGGACUGGACAACGCUUACAUUGUGUUUUUCUUCUCGCCGAGCUCUGGUGGCCAAGAAGUGAAUGGUGGUCACCUGCCGACAAAGGCACUCCUGAACGCCGUGGGCGACUUGUGCCAAACAAGGGGCAGUUUACGGCGAAGGAGCCGGGGAGGGGUUGGGGGAUGCCGGUGCGAGACAUAGCGGCAUGGGUGGCACGAGGACGACGAAGAACGGACUGGCACUGCUACAAUCGGACGCCGUGAGCCCCGUGAUAGUCGUGGACAUGUGGUCAGCGCCUGCGCUGUUUUUACGUCACAUUGAGGAGUUGAGUGGAUCAAGAUGUUUCGACGGCGCCUAUGCGAGGGGACUGUGGGCGGCUGGAUUUUCGUUCGAAGUUCUGCCAGAGGCCGCUGCCUUUAGCGCCAGUCUACCGCCAAGAACUGACCAAUGCCGGCACGGAGUGAUGGUGCAGAUGGGUGCCUAUAGCACGUUCCUUCAGGACGUCCGGCGCGUCUAUUGGAGAGAGUCAGGCAGUUUUUCCGAUAUCUUCCAAAACGGGCAAUCUCAGGCCGAAUAUCGAGCUGAGGCGAGAGCACGAUCGCGUCGCAGGGCGAACUCGCAUCCAUUCCAUCGCCAGAUGCACGAUAAAGAGUCAGGUCAACAGGAAUCGCCCGAACUUCCAUAAAGCGAGCUGGCCUUGCAGAAUGUGUAGUAGCCCGUUGUUAAGGGCGGGGUUCAUUGCUACUAUAGCUGUACUAUUGUCGAGAAGAAUCAAAAUCCCGAAUAUGAUACGUUCAACCCUUGAGCCCCAGGAGGACAUCAAUCGCGUUCCUAUGUGGGGUAGAGUCUUGAAGUUGCCCAUGUAGAGACGGCGAACAGUGUUUGCUCUCCCUGGUGUUGCUUUGUGAUUUGGAAUCAAUCUCUGUCGCCAUCUGGUGAUCUGUCGUUUUCAUGGUGGGCGCCAGCAAUCGUUUGCGCUAUUCAGAAUAUAGAGAAGGUGAUAACGUUGGUCGGUUGUCCUCUUUGGAGAACAGUGCAAUUUUGUUUGUCUUUGUCGGUCGCCCUCGUGCCUUUUUCGCGUGUCGUUUGUGCUGUGAGUGCGUUGUCGUUCGUAUUGUUGUGCCGCUCCACCACAAGCUUAAGCGCGAACUUCACGCGCUUCUAGAAUGUCUUUUGUUUGAAACGUGUGGUGUAGAUAUUGUUAAGUUGUGUGUCGCCCUGCUGAAUCUGAUCGUGCCUUGUGUGCGCAUGAGGGCACCACUGCGUGCGGGAACGUCGCGUCUGUAGUUGUUACCGUUUCUACACUCGCUUAUUAUGGUCUGGCUGUGAGGUCUGGAAGGAUUCUCCAAAGCUGGUAGAUGUUUUUGUUCACACGCACUCUGUUUUGCAGUAUUUUGGGUAUUUUUCCACUUCGAAGUAAAUUAUUAAGGGUCCUUGUUGAGUUGUAGACUUUAAUGUUGUGUGUAGUGGGUUUUUCACAGCGUGUCGAGAACCUUGGUGUGUACUUUUUGCGCGUAAUCGUCGAAAAGAUUUGUUCAAUAUUCAACAUUGGGAGUGCGGUUGCAAGAUGGCAUGUUGUUCCAAACCGCUCGGCCCUACAUGCGGCAUUUGCGGCGUGUCCCAAAGCUAUAGAUGGCACGUACCAGUGCCUGGCGGAGUAGCAUUGGGGGCUCUUGUAUGAACACCA